GGUUCUUCUCCAUUCACUUUUAUUCCAACAGGUCUCUUCAUUAACUUCUCUAAGAUGGCAUCACUCUUGAUGUACCUAAAGCAGCAGAACUACAUCUACAUAUGUGCAUGUCUUUGUCUGGCAUAUCUUGCUGUGGUAAAUGCAGAGGUAAAUACAUUCCCUCAUCUCAGCUCAGAUGGAAUGUUACAACCCAAAGCUGAUGAGAUUGGGAGUUCAACUGCAGAAAUUCUGAGAGGAGCCAGACGAAUUUUAAAGGCUCGAGCUGUGCCAUCAGCAUCAGUGAAAGUAGCAGCCCUAGGAAGACCUCUGUUUCCUGGUACACUGUAUGACUACCGCAGCGAUUCCUUCAUUCCAGGUGUUACUCUGUGGGAUAAGAAAUUGCUGAGUGAAAAUCUGAACAGUCGUCCAAAGUCCCAUACAAAUCUGGAUUUCAGCAGCACUGAUUCUAUUUCUAGUAAGUCCAGUCUCCUGGAUGUAAGCGCCUCUCUGAAGGCCAGUUUCUUGGGGGGGCUUGUGGAGGUGGGAGGAUCUGGCAGGUUCCUGCAGGACACCAAAUCCUCAAACCAACAGUCCAGAGUUACAAUGUUUUACAGUGAAACCUCAAGAUAUGAAGAGCUCACUAUGAGCCAUCUGAGCAAGUUCACCCACCCUGAGGUGUUUGAGCAGAAAACUGCUACUCAUGUGGUCAUUGCUGUGCUGUACGGUGCUCAGGCAUCCAUGGUGUUUGAUUGCACACUAUCAGAAGAGGAAAACAAGCAGCAGAUAGAGGGAAACCUAAAUGUCAUGGUAAACAACAUCCCUAAAUUAUCUGGUGAGGGAAAUGCAGCUUUUAAAAUCACUGAAUAUGAUAAUAACAUGGCUGAGAAGAUCACCUGCAGAUUUUACGGUGAUGUCCGCCUUGAGCAGAACCCCACCACAUACAUGGAGGCCCUUCAGACAUACAAGCAGCUCCCCGCUCUGCUGAAGGAUCCACAGAAUGCAGUCCCAAUAAAAGUCUGGCUCUAUCCUCUUCAUCUUCUGAAUGCAACAGCAGCUCGGGUAGAGAGAGAAAUCAGUGCAAGUGUGGCAACAAGUAUUGAAGCUAUAAUUGAGGAGUUGAGAGAGGCAGAGAGGACAUUUAAUAACCUGUCAGGACACACAUUGGUUAAUAGUUUCAGAGACAUUAGAGAGAGGCUGCACUCUUUUCAGGACUCAUUUAGCAUGUACAAGGCAAUGCUACAGAAAGCAGUUGGAAGGGUCUUGUCUGCUGUUCGAGGAGGAGAGAUGGAGGAGAAGUCUCUGGAAGACAUCCUGAAGAUCCACAGGAGCUCUCCAUUCAGUGCUGACAAGCUGAACCAGUGGUUAAGUGAUGCAAAGUAUGAACUUAACAUCUUGAGUUCUGCCACCAAGUCACUGGAAGGGGUCCGAAUUGAAGACUCAAAUGGUCUCAACAGCAUCCUUGUUAAUCCUAAUUUCCUUGGAGUGUUGUGCUUUACCUUCACAUCGCUGAAGUAUGAAGAUCCGUAUCUUUCAGCCCUGAAGGAGUAUGUGACAACUGACCGGUUUAAAGAGCUAGAUGGGGAGCACAGCAUGUAUCCAGUGGGAUCUAUCAGCAAGUGGUUUAAAGAUUCAGAUCUCGUGGCAAAGAUUCAAUUUAACGCCAAUCUCUUCAAAGGCAUAAAAAAGCCGUUUGAAGGACAGAAAGUCCUUUUCAUUAUUUCUGCCAUCUCUGAUGCCUCCAACCCUGGCUCCUCCAUCUAUCGGUAUGAACAUGGGCAACUGAAUGACAAACAGAUUCAGGUUGGUUUCAGAAUGCUUGCAGGAUUGGGGAAUUGA